AAUUACUUCAAAUCUGGAUUUUCCAAUGAAUCAUCAGCUUCAAGUAUUAGAUGAAGACUAUAAAUCAUCAUCAGAAGAAGAAGAAAAAGAAAAGGAAGACAUUGUUUUUCAAGAAAAUAUCCUCCCAAGUCAUUACCAAAACCAUCAUUUUCACCAAUUAUGCCAAACACACGCAGAUUCCCACUACGCAAAAUGGGCUAAUUUCACUUCCUCUAGCGCAACUUUAGUCCCAAAGCACCAAAACAACGCACAAUGUCCUAGUUUCAAACAAGAAAUCAAGAAUGUAUCACCAAAAAAGAAGCCAAAGAGAACCAACACUGAUGUGAUAGAAGUCCACAGAAGCCGCAUUGUCCGAGCUACAGGACGAAAAGACCGGCACAGCAAGGUUUCAACAGCCAGCGGUCCGAGGGACAGACGAGUUAGGCUCUCACCAAACACUGCAAUUCAGUUCUAUGAUGUUCAAGAUCGACUUGGCUAUGACCGUCCAAGUAAGGCCAUCGAUUGGCUGAUCAAAGAAGCUAAAGCUGCAAUUGACGCACUUGAAAAUAAUCCUUUUCAAGUCCUCUCCAGGAAGGUUGACUCGACAAAUAAAGCACUGAACUGGCGAACUAUAAAUGUUGAAAAUGAAGAAGGCCAAUUUGUUCUUGAACAGAGUUCAAAAGUUAGUCAAGAAUACAGUGACAUUCCAAAAUAUGAAUGUGGAGUUCAGAAUGAAAGCCCAAAUGGAAAUUUGAGCUUGUUUUCAUCAGUUAAUGACGCCAAGAUUCAAUCUGUAAGUGAUUUUCAGAGAUACCAACAAGGCCAUUUUCACUCAGAAACCAAAAACCAAGCCCAAUGCAACUUUUACAAUUUCCAGUCAUCCCAAGAUCAGUCCGUCAUUUUUUCAACCAACUCCAAUUUAGAGUUAAGAGAGGAUUCAACAUUCAGCUUUUUAUCACAUAACUUCCCCUCAAUCCUAGGCCAAAACCAGUUCUUUAAUCAGAGGGAAUACCUUCAGUCCAGUUUUUUAGCUCAAACUAGUGUUCCAUUGAACACUCAAUUUCAGACUAGUUCUUAUGCUAACAAUGAAUUUUCCAGUGAUGGCUUAUUGUAACUGCACUUCUACAUUGUCAAGUUUAGCUUUUCACCAAGUCCAUUUCCUUGUAUUAUUACAUGUUUUGGAGCUGAAAUAUUUGUUUGUUAGAUUUUAUGUGUAAUUCCUAUUAUAGAAAGGAAAUA